UAAAAGAAACAGUUGACUAGAAGGUCAAAUCUGGUUUUUAAACUCCAAAUGUUAAAUGAAGAAAGCAAGGUAAUGCCCAUUUUCAUUCAGGUUAAAGAUUAAAGUGCAGAUUUAAAGAGAACACGGGUUGCUUUGAAGCAGAACUUGGUGCAAUCAGUGCCAGAUUAGACGGGGGGGAAUCAGCGCCACAAUUUCAACCAACAGCCAGCUUUGCCACAGCGAAGCCGGAGCUUCUCCUCUCCCUCUGCACAACCACAAAUGAUAGCUGCGAGGACUGAGAACAAGGUGUCCCACGGAUGUGGAAAAAUGUGAAGAUCACCGGGAAGCGUGACAACAGGAUGUCCUUUUAAACCUCGGGGGAAUAAACAAAUGGAAAGAGGUCAAACCAACAGCUUCAGAAAGAAAUCCAUUGGGAUUACUGCAGCGAUGCCCUGGCUUGUCCCUUUAACACGAAUUCCCAGAGAGGUUGACACUCGGGUUGGUUCUUGUUGAAGUGGGGCGGGUUGACGUUGUCAGGUGUCGCCGUCAUGGUGACACGUUUCCGUGGUAACCAUGGAGCGCACCAACAAAGGCAGGAAGCGAAGCCGCGGACGUAGUAAAAGCAGAAAAGUUUCCGCCAAAGCUCCACCUGGUGGGCCAGCGUUGCCAGAUGUUGGUGCUGCGAGUUCAGAGACGCCGGAGGAGGGACUGGCCGCCCUCCAUGCAGCCUGCCUUUACGGUGAACUGGCUACUGUCCAGGUGCUCCUAGAGUCCAGCCCGUCUUGGAUCAACAGCAGUGAUCCUGAGGGUCGCCGGCCCCUGCACAUGGUCCUGUCCUCACAGAGCUCCUCCAACUCCUACGCCUGCCUCCGAUAUCUGCUGGAGCAUGGAGCUAAUGUCAACACCACCACAGAUUCAGGGCAAACCCCGCUGCACUUUGCCGUCUCCAAUGGCCUCUUUGACUGCUCGGAAACCCUUGUGAUGGCCGGAGCAGAUAUUUUGGCACAGGACAGCCUGGGACUCACACCUCUGGACAUGGCCUACAUCUGGUGCCACAGGAAAAUAGCAAGGUAUUUGAAGCACAGUGUGUGGCAUGCUGAAAAGAAGAAAGAAAUGGAGGAGAUAAAGUUGACUCAAGUUUUGUACAGAGAUCUAAUCAAUAUGGUCAAGCAGAAUAACCUGGACAAAAAGACCCUUAUCGAUGAGAAGAUGAAAGAGUGGGCAAAGGCGAAAGGCUUGCCCCUUUUGAAGGAGUACUCCCCCAGAGCCCUGGUGUCCAAAUACCACAAUCAGUGUGUCUUACCAGAGCAGACCAGCUGUAAGCCUGAACCUACCAAGGGCCCGCCACAAGCCCCUCAAAAAAACGAGGGCACCUCCACCACCGCGCAACUGGCCGCCUCAUCCAGCAGUCCGUGGACCGUCUUCGUUGGCCUCCAGCCAGAGAAACUCCCUAUAGAGCCAGACCUCAGGAAGAGUGUUAUCGUGUGGAAGGACAGCAGCAGCCAGAGGCUUCAGUAUGUCACCAAAUGGGACAGAGCGCCAAACCCUGCCCCUAAAGUGCCCCUAGAAGUGGUUGAAAGAGUGCUGUUCCCCAGAGCUUUCCCCUCUCGGAUCGCCACGCCACGGGGCUUCGAGCCGCAGAACGUCGAGGAACUCCAGCACCGAGGGAUCCCUCAAGGAAGGAGCACCUCUCCCUGGACAGAGGUGGCCAUGCACCUGGCUGAGUUCCUGGAGCAGGGACACUACUGAGCCUACUCAUUUCCAGGCAAUAAAAUGACGAUUAAAAGCAUUUAUAAAACCUCUAUGAAGAAAAACCCUGAAGCUUUAAAACUAUAUUUUUCUGCUAUAAUAACAACCUCCUUACUUUACAGUGUCCACAUCCUUCCUGAAAAAGACAAAUAUGAUCAAGUAUCAGAUUGACUGUGGUGGACAAGUCCCUUACAUUAAAACCCUCAAAACAAUUAUUUGUUCCCAACUGGCAUGAAAAAUAAGACCUGACAAAGUGUCUUUUAUACAUUGAGUAAGUAGACAUUGUACAUCGCUAAAUAAACAUAAUUUGCCAGAUCUCAUUUUCUCUUGCACUCACAUCCUGGUACUAUAAAAAAAAUGUGACCCUGAGGACCUUUACUCUGCCUUAUGUGCACAUCUGGAAUAUAAAUGGUUUAUAUGGGCAAUAAUGUUAUGGGUUUUACUAAAGAGCGCAUCUUAACUUUAU